AUGUUUCCACUAAAGAAGAGUUGCUCUGCGGCGGCCCCAUUAUCUCAGCUCAAGAUGUACAGCUUCAUGGGAGGGGGCCUGUUCUGUGCUAUCGUGGGUAAUAUCCUAUUGGUGGUCUCCACUGCAACUGACUACUGGAUGCAGUACCGUCUCUCUGGAAACUAUGCCCACCAGGGUCUGUGGAGGUACUGCAUGUCCAACAAGUGUUACAUGCAGACUGACAGCAUAGCUUACUGGAAUGCCACCAGAGCUUUCAUGAUCCUCUCAGGGAUGUCGUGCUUUGCAGGCAUCAUCGCUGGCAUCAUGUCCUUUGCACACUUCUCCUCCUUUGAAAGGUUCAACCGCUCCUUUGCUGCAGGAAUCAUGUUUUUUGUCUCCACUUUCUUUGUUCUGCUGGGUAUGGCCAUCUAUACUGGAGUGACGAUCAACUUCCUGGGAAGGCGCUUCGGUGACUGGCGCUUCUCCUGGUCCUACAUACUGGGCUGGGUGGCCAUGCUUAUGACCUUCUUUGCAGGUAUUUUCUACAUAUGUGCCUACAGAAUGUGUGAAUGCAGGAGAGGAACUGGCCCACGCUAGAGGGAGACAAACAGUGUGUUUUUUUUUUUGUGUUUUUUUUAAAAAGGGGACUAUGGCACUUUGAAUAGAAGAAAAGCAUUAGGUUAUACACUAAAGCAGUUUUGACUGAUCUGCUGAAGAGAUGAUGGCUGAUGCUGCGCCUGGAGGCCUUUGACGUUCUGCUUAACAUGGUUUUUCUAAAAGUCACUUUCUCGCAAUGUGGAUUUUUUAGGAAUAUCCAUGAUGAUAGUACAGAGGAAAAGGAAACUUAAUUAAACUAAUCAUGUGCCUAAUUAUUGUAAUGUGAUAUUGGUAUUAUUUAAC